CCGUGUCCACGCCCAGCGCCCUGUCCCACCACGUGACCCAGCGCGCAGCAGGCGCCUGCGUAGUUCGAGCUCUAGCAUGGGGACUGUUUGGAGAUCUUUGCCUCCACUCAGGAUGUUUGGGGCGUCUUCCCUGCGGGCUAUUAGCUCUUCCAGCCUACCUGUGUUCCCAAAGCAGGUGAAAAUCGUAGAAGUCGGCCCCCGAGAUGGUCUGCAACAUGAAAAGCAUAUUCUACCCGCUCAGUUGAAAAUCAGGUUGAUAGACAUGUUGUCUGAGGCAGGACUCCCUGUCAUUGAGGCCACCAGCUUCGUGUCCCCCAAGUGGGUGCCCCAGAUGGCAGAUCAUACUGAAGUCCUGCAGGGCAUCGAGAAGUUUCCUGGCAUCCGCUACCCAGUUCUGACCCCCAAUCUCAGAGGCUUCGAGGCAGCGGUCUCUGCAGGAGCCAAGGAAGUGGCCAUCUUUGGGGCUGCCUCAGAGCUCUUCACUAAGAAGAACAUCAACUGCUCCAUCGACGAGAGCUUGGAGCGGUUUGAGGAAGUCCUGAGUGCGGCCAAAGCGGCCGACAUUCCCGUCCGAGGGUACGUGUCCUGCGUGCUUGGAUGCCCGUAUGAAGGGAAAAUCUCCCCAGCCAAAGUAGCUGAGGUGUCUAAGAAGCUGUACUCAAUGGGCUGCUUUGAGAUCUCUCUGGGUGACACCAUCGGCGUGGGCACCGUGGCUGGCAUGAAAGAUAUGCUGUCUGCUGUCAUGAAGGAGGUGCCAGUGAGUGCCCUGGCUGUCCACUGCCAUGACACCUAUGGACAGGCCCUCAGCAACAUCUUAAUGGCUCUUCAGAUGGGAGUGACUGUAGUGGAUUCAUCAGUGGCUGGGCUUGGGGGUUGUCCUUAUGCCGAGGGUGCAUCAGGAAACGUGGCAACAGAAGACCUGCUGUACAUGUUGAAUGGACUGGGAAUUGAAACAUCUCAUGGCCAUGUAACUGCUGCUGGGCCGUAUUUUCCCAUAUAAAGGGGGUGAGCCUUCCGAAGUUAUUGGAAGCUGGAACAUUUAUCUGCAAGGCCUUGAAUAAAAAAAGCAAUUCCAAAGUGGCCCAGGCCACUUUCCGCCCCAAGCUGUGACUUCCCCAUCUUCGCCCUACCUUCCCCAAUGGUCUGGGCUGGCCAGACCCCAGCAGCAGCCAAGCACCUUCAGAACAAAUGGGCUGUCCCUCUCCCAAGUUAAGGAGCACGCUGACAACAGCCCAGAAAUGGUAGUGCCAGGCCUGGGGAUGCCAAGGAAAAGGAACUGGGCACUGACCACUUUAGGAAAUCAACUUCAACUCAGUACACAUGGCUGGAAAAGCUUCCCUUAAGUAAGCUGGAUGAAUUGGGUCAGAGGAAGAAGCCCCAAAUCCUCCCUAGGAAGAGGCUUAUGAAUCUGGAAGUUUUCCUGAUACAUUUUCCAUCAUCUUGACCCUGAGAAGAAGGACAUCCUGGAGGGGGGGGUGGGGUGCUAGAAGAAGGCCUUAGGGCCCCUUCCUCAUUAUAUCCUGCUUCUCUUGAAUUUUUCUUUACUCCCCAUUCUAAGAAUUCAGCCUUACAUCCAAGGCUUUGAUCACUGACACCCCCAAUCCCCAUCUGUUAUCUGGGGAUGGAAAGGGCUUUGGUCCUGCUGAAGAUUAAAUCCUUCUUAGCAUGGCCCAAAGGGCUGCUGCCAAUUGCAGGACUGUGAUGCUGGAAACCUGCAGGUGCCAUUCUCUACCUGGAAAUGAUUUUUAAAUGUAUAUCUAUAAUCAACGUAAAUAAAAGAUGGAUUGACGAGCCCA